AUGUCAACACAACCACAAAAAUUCCAAUGGGAAUCCAGCGGCUUAAAUGACAAGAAUUUUACAAUCAACAGCAGCCUUAUCCUUUAUAUAAUCAUCGUCAUCGCUUCAGGAUUCCUCCUCGUCGUCUUCUUCUUCACCCUCGAAUGGAUCUGCCACCGAUUUCUCCACCGCCACUUGCCCUCCAACACACUAUCCACAAGCACGUCUCAUCAGCCUCGAGGCCUUCACCCGACCGUGAUCCAAGCAUUGCCAACCAUGUUCUAUGAUUCUUCCACGAGUCCUGGCCCAAGUGCAAAUUCUGAGUGCAGUAUAUGUCUGGCUAUGUAUGAAAAUGGUGACAAACUUAAGGUAUUGCCUCAGUGCCACCAUUUUUUCCAUGGAGAAUGUGUUGAUCGGUGGCUUCACUCUUGGACCGCUUGCCCUCUCUGCAGAGCUACCCUCCUCGAUAGCUCAACAGCUGCUGCGCCUACCUCAGAAUAA